UACAAUUUACAAACAUAAACCCUGAGUGGGAGUGGCACACCGUCCGUUGUACCUAACGACUCAUGUCUUCGGUUUGUUUUCUUUAACCCAAACCCACGUCCAAUUUCAUGAAUUGUGCCGAAUUUCCACUGGAGAAACGUCCGUUUUUCUUCGACAAAACACUUCGAGUGAGGAAGAGGCUCGUCCGCCAGCCAAUUGACGGCAUAACGUCCCCAAUUGAUCAAGCACGAAAUUGAUGUAGUGCCGUUUCUAUUUUUAACUCAAAGCACUACUUUCCAAUCGGGCAAGCUAGUUUUUCGACAAUAAAAUGGUCGUUUUAAAGACGUGCUGGACUCCAUUUAUAUGGAACAAUGAUGUCAAAUCCGGCAGCAGGUGUUGCGCGGUUUAUACCAUGGCCAUGAGCAUAAUAUUGAUGACUCUCACAAUUUACAUGAUGUCUGGUGGAGAGUCAUCGCAAGUCUAUCUUCCGCUGUUUGAGGCUGACGUAAGGAGCACUAUGCAGCUUUUUGGUAUGGUAUUCGUAAUUUAUUUCCUGCUCUGGAUUGGUGCUUCAGUGCUUAUGUUGUUCGGCAUAAGCAGAAUGCACAGAGGGAUGAUUCUGCCAUGGCUGAUACUCAUGUUCCUCUUUGUCUCAUUCCAGGCUGUUUAUGGAAUUUGGUUGUUAUACGGAUACUACAUUUAUCUUGAAGUUGUGGUUCCCACGUUACUGAACUGGCUGUGGAUGGCGUACAAUAUUUACUGCUUCCUCUGUGUAUAUUCACAGUACCAGAUAAUAUACCUAUUCCAGACGCCUAAUAUAGAACUUCUGUACCCAUAAACUUGAAGACUGGAUUGUUUAAAAUCUGAUUUAAUUAUUCUAAGACAAUGCCAAAAGUAAAAAAAGGCUCUAAUAUAUAUUUUUGUAAUAGUUUAACGUAAUUUAAAAAUAAAUUGAAUUUAUUGCACAAUCAUAUUUAAUAGUUGUUCUAAAAUAGCCAUUUAUGUUAUAAUGUCCAAGACAUAUUUUUGCUGUUUUGUAAUUUAAUUUAUUAUAAAAGUUUAAUAGUUAAGCUAUUAUGUUAAUUUAGUUAUUAUUAUGUUAUUAAAGGUAAUCAAUUCCGUCCAAAAAAAUGGAAACGAAAGUACAAUGCACUAUAAUCAUUUAUUUACACAUAAAUAUUACAAUAUUAGAGAAAUGCAAAACAUUAAAAAAUAAUUUUAUAUCUGUUAAAAACAGUUUUUUAAAAUUUCAUUUUAUGUAAUAAAAAUAUUUGUUACAAUAAAAUUCAUCAGAAGUAAUUCUAUUAGUAUUAUUAUAAUAUAUAUAAAUACUUAUCCCUUAUAAUUUGACAAUAAUGUGAUGCUCCCUGGACCAGUUGAACAAUUUAAACAACCUGAGAUUGGAUAAAAUGCGAUGGGUGCACA